GCGCAUUAAUAACAGAAGGAGAACACGGUUGCUAAGUGAUUGCUUUGACGCCGACAAUCAAGUGCUUUUUUUUUCUCUUACACAAAAAUGUAGUUAAUGAAGGCGACAACCUUAGACGUGGUACUUUUCAUCGCUUUUGCAGGAACUCUCCAAGGAGGUUCUGGGCAAGAAUAUUUCGAUUUAUAUGGAAAUGAAUUUGACAAAAUUGUCGAUGCACUUGAGGAACAGAACAAAUUAAAAACUACUACGACGACCUCUUCCACUAAAAGCCAGACAGCGUUGAAUGCUUUGACCGCUGCAGAUCCGCCUACAAAAUAUGCUCUUGAGAGCACUUCGACCACUUCCAUUGGUACCGAACAGUCGCACCUUAAUAUUCCUUCUACAUCUUCUACUCUGCCGACCCAACAACCUAUCCCCACCGACCCAGAGGUGACACCAGCAAGGCCGAGACUGAAUAACACAGCUAACCCACUACACACAUCCAAUGUGUCAGCUGUUGAGAAUACUACAAGUCUUUCUAAAGCCACGACGACGGGACGAACCGAAGACGAUGAUAUUCGUUAUAACUCAAACCAGUUGAGCAAGUUACCCAUUGGUGCCAUCGACGGGCCAUCAAUGGUGGAAAAAAACUCUACAACAAGAACGCCAUCUAAAGAAACAGAAUCGGGUUACACCAAUGUGAUAAUGAACAGCUCAGCUAUCAGAUUACCAUAUGACGACCACCAAUCAAAUGACAGUUAUGCCAACAGCAUUUCACCGCCUCUGCUUCCUGGUCCUGCACACACUUUAGCUAACCGCAGCGUCAUGGCUCUUAGAUCCUACAACAGCAAAGGCUUUGAGAUGACACAGUCUACCCGUGUGGCACUGUACGUGCUGACCAUGGUUCUUCUGGUGAUACUUCUCGUACUCCUGGGGGUCCUGUGGAAAAUAAAACAAAGGGAGAAGCUACGUGACGACCUUGAGAUGAGUAACCUUGAUGCCUCACUCUCCAGCACGUUCAUACAAGACGUCACCAGAAAAGAGAGAACUGUACGAAUGGACUCCGUGGCCAUCCCGAGCUACGAGCCGCGGCCGAGGUUAAUGGGAAACGUAGUUGCCGCACCAGCCCCACUGCCAGCCAACCUGUCAAUCACGUCUCCACGAGGAUCCAAGAAAACUUUGUGGCGAAGACAGCUAGAGAAAAACAAGUUCAAGCGGAGCUUCUCUAGUGGAUUUAUCGACGUCCAAUUGCAGGAUGAAGAGGACUCGGACAGGGGAGCAAAGGAAACAUGCUCCAACCCCUCCUUGAUUUUUGACAACGAGCCAUUACACACGAAACAGAGAAACGAGUUCAUCCGUAGACACGCCCUGCUGUUGAGUGACGAGGAAGAUGUCAUUUCUACUUUAAAAAAAUCACGCAAGAAGCGGCCAUGGAAAAAGAAACGCUGAAAGGAGAAUAUCACAAGAUUUGCUUUUAUUAAAUAAAUAUGAUUUUUUUUCUA